AUGGGGCCCCCUAUAAGCACGUGGCCCUACAGCCAUCCCGCAUUAGACCACUAUAGUGAAAUCAGUGAUGUGAACAACCGCCACAAAAAGUGUAAUUUGCUCCGUAUGGUGGACGGAUUUAGAAUCCUGUGUAUAAAUUUCACAGUGGCUUUAGUUUUUUUACAAAUAGUUCUAGGUCUUAGUUCGGUCAAAGCUGGACCUGUUGUGCUCAAUUUGGAUUAUUUACAAGGUCCAGUCCCCUUAGCUAGAAACAUAAGACAUCUACCCUGCAUAUCAAGAAGAACAGGUCAGGAAGGCCUGUGUAUGUUCGCGAUAGAUUGUCUGAAAGCCAACGGGUCUCAUUUAGGAACAUGCAUAGACCGCUUCUACUUCGGUUCCUGCUGCCAAAUCCCCGACAAAACCAUCCUGCCGCAAAUCAUCAGCAAUAACAUAGAAGACAACACAAUAGAUGGAGCUAGCUUCGUCCACCCUCAAACAGAGGACAAAUACACAACUGCCAGUAAAGUACCAAAUUUAAUCCCAGAAAAAACAACAAAAACACCGGAAACAAGCCAAACCAUCAAAGAUAAGUUCGAAACCGAAAACCCUGAGAUGAAAACCGAUGAUUUGACAACUAUAGACAAUAAAAUACCGAAUGACGAAGCGAAGAUCACUACAGCUGUUGUUAUUGAGACAACAACGAAAGCAGAAAGAACAACCAAACCGGCUGAGGUAACAGAAGUACCUGUUAAAUUGUCUACAUUCCAAACUGUUGGCGAUGUUAACAAUUUAGUAUCAGAGAAACAAACGCCAGAACCAGCCACAGUUACUACAACAACAACUACAAAACCGACAAAACCACCAACGAAACGACCUACAUACAAGCCCAGACCUUCAUAUAAACCUACCAAUUUCACUAGGCCUCAAUAUGUUCCAACCACGAGCAAACCAAGGCCUACCAAACCUAUAUCUUUAUACAACACAACAAGGAAACCUCCUUACAGACCGCCUCCAAAGCGGCCAUCAACGAAAAAGCCGCUACCUUCGCCUCCUAGAUUAAACAUUACAAUUCUACCUCAAUCAACUAGUUCAAGACCAGUUUUCACUAGACCUCUAACUCCAGUUAUAACCUACAUCAAUACUACUAUAGCACCGGCUGAUGAAAAGCCAACAACGAUAUCAACCACUACAUCAUCAACAAUGGCGCCUACUUCCCCAUCAACUACGACUUCUACAACAACAACAACAACAGAAAAACUCCCUGAAACAACAGAAGCUAUACCUACCACAGUAGUAACAGAAGUUACAUCAGAAAAAACUGUCCCAAGCUCAUCAGAAGCGCCAACAACUUUGCCUUUAGAAACAACACCAACAGAAGCAGAGAAAGGGACGACGAUAUCUGAAACUGUGGUGACGGAAAGAGAUGAAGAGAAGCAAACUGUAGCGGAAACUACGCCGGCGCCGACAACGCCAUCAACUCUGUCGACAACUACGCUAUCCACGACGACAACAACAACAGAAGCGCCAACAACCAGACCGUCGUCAACGGACUUCCCACCGCUGGUCACGUGGUCUAACACCGUGUCUGUCACCAAAGCGCCUGAAAAUGCUGAAAAUCUUACGACUACUGUCACUGAAGAAAUCUGGUCACCCAUCACGCCACCGGAAGGCUGGGUCCUUAUAUCGACAAUCCCACCGAAACCCGAGACAACAACAACAACGACAACAACAACAACAACAACAACGACAACAACAGAAUUGCCAACAACUGUUGAAACAACGCAACAAGAAACACAAGAGACAACCGUAGCAACAGAGACUGAGAAAAUAGAAACAACAAUUGUUGAUCUACCAACAACAAUUCAACCGUCAACGAGUACGGCUAAGCCAACGACAGCGUCCACUUCAACGGCUGUUGUUCCGGUUGACGUGUCAACCACGUCAACAGAACCUCCGUUGUUGGAAUUUACCGUCAACGUCACGCUGUCGCCAACAAUGCCGACUACAACGCCCAGCGCUGGUCUAUCAACUUCGUCUACCGUUGAUAACGCUACCGCUGCAAGUGCGACAGAGACAACAAUAAUGGCUAAUGUUUCCGAAUCAACUGGAUCAACUGAGACGGAUCAACCGUCCACGACGUCGCCAAUCAACGGAACAUCAACAUCUACGGAAACCACAGUAUCCCCCACUACAGAGCAGUACAAUAUGUCGGAUUAUAAGGAUGUGUGCGGUCGAAGGUUGUGGCCCCAGUCUCGUAUCGUCGGGGGGACCAAGUCUGGAUUCGGAAUGUGGCCCUGGCAGAUCUCACUGCGACAGUACAGAACAUCGACAUAUCUUCACAAAUGCGGCGCAGCACUAUUGAACGAGAACUGGGCUAUCACCGCGGCGCAUUGCGUUGAACAUGUCCCUCCAUCAGAGCUUCUAGUGCGUCUUGGAGAGCACGACCUGGCCAGCGAGGAUGAGCCAUAUGGGUUUGCAGAGCGAAGGGUCCAGAUAGUGGCUUCCCAUCCCCACUUCGAUCCCGCCACGUUUGAAUACGAUCUGGCUUUACUCAGGUUCUACGAGCCAGUGACUUUCCAGCCCAACAUUCUACCUGUAUGCGUGCCUGACAAUGAUGAUGACUUCGUCGGGAAGACUGCCCAUGUCACGGGCUGGGGGAGACUGUAUGAUGAGGGUCCUCUCCCAAGCGUCUUACAAGAGGUGGAAGUCCCCGUGAUCAACAACACUGCGUGUGAGGCCAUGUACCAAGCAGCAGGAUACAAUGAACAUAUACCGAACAUCUUCAUCUGUGCUGGGUGGAAAAAAGGAGGCUCAGACAGCUGUGAAGGCGACAGCGGCGGUCCAAUGGUGGUUCAGAGAGAGCGAGACAAGAGAUUCGUCCUCGGCGGCGUCAUAUCCUGGGGCAUCGGCUGCGCGGAACCCAACCAGCCCGGGGUCUACACAAGGAUCUCCGAAUUCAGGGACUGGAUCAACCAGAUACUACAGUUUUGAACUUCUUCUUCUUUCGUGUGUGUUAUGAGGUGGAUGACCAACCUCAUCAACCCUGGUGUCAGGGUUAUUUAUGAGCCGCCAAAGGCCCCUGACGUGACUCAAGUAAUGAUUACGUACGUAGUUUUGAACUAAAAACUACAGCCGUUUUAGGCCGCCUGACCCCGGUAGCCGCUUUACUAUGACUUAAUAAAGACGCAUUGGAAAUAUUGCUGCCCUUUAGAACCUAGAAACCGACCCCGCCCGCGUGGUCGAAUUUCCAUUCCAGCGCUUAUCGAUAUCGACCCACUAGCGUCGAUUAUUCCUUUCAAUGUAAUACUCUCAGAGGAGGGCCUGAGCCGAGGUUCGCGCCCAACUGGGCACCCUCAGGCCUGAUGUCUUAAAGUUUGUGUACCUAAUAUAUUUAAAAAUAAAGAAAACACGAUACGCGACGCGGCGCCGUAGACUUUCUACUACUUUUUGAACUGUAAAAAAUCCAGUAGAAAUAUUCACAGAUUGAAUUUUAUUUUAUAAUGACAGAAUUUACAGAAACGAAAAUACACUGUUUAGUCUUUCUUUUCUUAGCUAAGAAAUUGAAAAAGUGCUUUUUUCAUCUAAAAAAAAAAUGCUAAUCUACCAUGACAUCCAACGUACCUACACAAGUUUUUAGCUAAACUUUUCUAUUAAGUACUUACAUCAUCUUAGCUAGGUACUUUUUUACAAUGGACUAAUAAAAUAAUUCUGAAACUUUACUGAGCUUCUGUUCAAUUAUUGGCUCACACAGUUGGCUCUACCAUCAUAGACGGCGAUACGGCUCACCUAUCACGUUGGUCUAACAGAAAGCUCGGUGAGGCGUGGGUCCUUGUCUGCGAUGGAUGAUAAUGAGCUUAUGUUUAUGAAAGAAGCUACAAUUGGUAUAUGACAAUAAUAAUAUCAUAAUAUCAUAGUCAUAGGAUUUUUCGACCUUUUACAAAUAUUUUAACUGAAAGAUCGAAUCAUACCUAACUUUCUAGUUUUGUAGAUGGCGUUGUACAGAUUUAGCAUAUUUUUUUCAAAAUACAAUAUUUGGAUCACAUUAUGUAUAGAAUUACGUCGCUACCUAUAUUGCUUCUCUUUAUUUUUAUCGGAACAAUAAUGGGUGGAAAAUGUAAUUGUGCCUGGGUGUAAUAAAAAGGGUAAAACAUAGAUAAAAAAUGCAUAUUAUGUCUGUAAUGUAUCGGCGUCCGAAGGACGUAAUAUACGAUCCCGACGACCCGAUUACUCUAGCCAUAGAGGCAGCCAAUCAGCUCGCGACACCAAACACUUCAGGGCCCCGAUACCGACCCCGCCGGCGUGGUCGACGAUUUCCCUCGUUCGGCGCUUAUCGCUAUCGACCCACUAGGGUCGAUUAAUUCUUUCAAAUAUUUUUCCUCUCAGACGACGCCCUGAGCCGAGGUUCGCGCCCAACUGGGCACCCUCAGGCCUGUUGUCUUAAACGUUGUACCGGGUGAGAGCCUUCAGCGCUCCCCAUUUGUCCGGCCAAGUAGUUAAUGCCAUCUACGGCAAAUCUACAAUAAGUCACGUAAAAAAAAAAUAUAUGUUUAAGGCCGUUAUCCAUGAAAUUAGAAGGUUAAACGAAGGAAAAUCUAAACAGCGCCAUCUAUAUUGUUUUUGAGGAACUUAAACUGGAAAGUCCAUCAUUCCUUCAAUGUGGUCUUCUUAACCCCCAGUUUUUUACAUUCCGAAAGACCUUUCCAGCUUACCACGUGAUAAUAAUCCAAUUUGACUAACGACUUAAAACUUGGGAACAUUUGACAUUUUAAAACAUUCAAUUCUCUAUAUUUAUAACUUAGAAUAGGUAACAUUAUUUAUUUUCUUCUUUAAUAGUGUUCUCCGAAUUUUUCGAUUAUAAGUAGGUAGCGAUUUUUAUAAUUUUGUAAAAAAAAACCUUUUUUCUUAUUUUUUGUUUAACUGUCUUGUAAUUAUAUAUUCUCUGGCAUUUUCAGAAUCCUUUUACCUGUUAAAAUAAAUAAUCUUAUAGUUAAUUAAUUAAAAAAUAUUGUAAAUAA